AUGAUGGUCUCGCAACUAUAUAGUAGACUCUCUCUACGAUAUACCCUCUAUUACUAUCUUGUCUUAUCAUCAUCCUUAUUCACUCCACAGAAGCACCAUGUUGCAGUGGCCCAACCAUCAUCAUCAGCGUUUGGCGGUGAACUUGCCUUUUUCCAGACCCCCCAGAUGACACCCAAUGUCUCCCACCGUCAAGACGUUUGUGAUUUGUACGAUGCGAUACGAAAUGGGACCACGGAACUCAAGGAGAGUCUGAGGGGCAGGCAAUUGAAUAUUUUAGUGGGAGCCUACGAGGAUUCCUUUUUUCGAUACUCGCGCAUCGAAGGCAUUGAUCCCGUCUAUCCGGGAAUUGCCGCUGUACUAUUAGAUGAAUUGGCUCGAAGAGCUGGAUUCACCUGGCGCAAUUCGUUUGGAAUUAACAUGGAGGCAAAGGGAGAAGCCUACAAUGAAACUUGGACGGAUUUGUUGGAGUGGGGCAUUCAUGCUUACGAUUUGUCAGUAGAUUGGUGGCCUCGGAAUUUGGAACGACUGGAACGAGGCGCCGCCUUUACCCAAGAAUGGUACGAUUCGAGCAUUAUCUUGAUUGGCAAACAAGCAAAAACUGUAUCCGCCACAACACGCAAAUUGUCCGUGACGGAUUAUUGGAAUUGGCUCAAGCCGUUUUCCUGGGAAGUGUGGUUGACCACUCUAGCAACCAUUCUCUUGUCCGGACUGGUAUUUCAAAUAUUGGAAUGGUUGAACGGGAAUCGGGGCGAUCGGAAACUAUUGGCAUGGUGGACGGAGAAUUUGUUUUUGAGUGCCAUCAAUGCCACACAAGCCUACGAAUAUGGGACACCCAAGGGCUCGCCUUCCAAGAUUUUUUGUUUCAGCAUGGCGCUGUGGAGUUUGAUUUUAACAGCCACCUAUACGGCCAACUUGGCUUCUUUGUUGGUAGAAAAUCAACUGCCCCAGGUCCGUGUCAUACAAUCCUUGCAAGAAGCCGUCGUCUUUGAGUAUCCCAUUUGUACCUGGGAAGGAACUAAUGCGGACACCUAUGUCAAGGAACUCUUUCCGGAUGCCAUUCGAAAACCCAAAAAGACAUUGGAAGAAAUGUACCAGGGAUUGCACAAUGGAGAAUGUGCCUAUGCGAUUGAAGUCAUACAACAAUGGCUCAUCAAUCAACGGGUCCAAAAAUUUAAUCCCUACUGCGAUUUGGAAUGGGUCGGGAAUGGCAAGGUGGUCAGUGCCAGUGCGGCGGGAUUUGCCACCAGCACGGAUGCUGGAUACAAAUGCACCGGAUUGAUUCGAGAUGUCAUUAACAUUCACAUGGAAGAAAUGAUCUACGAUGGCUUCUUGAGGGAUGCCUGGGAAGUAGAGAAUUCAUUGAGUCAGGAAGUGGAUUGCAAUACCUUCAAGCCGGAACAAUUUUUGAGCAGCAACAUUGGGAGUAACACGGGAACGACGGACAGUGAUACUGGUGAUACUACAGGGGAACGACGAAGAAGGUUGGAAGUGGCAAAGAGAAGGUUGGAGGUAGCCAAGAAAUACAACUCGAGGGGGUUGUCGGUAACACACGAUGGAUUGAGUGGAACCCAUCGUCGACUCAAGGCAUCGUCCAAAUCCGCGGCGUCCUCAGCAGGUGCACUAGAAGGAAGCUCGGAUACUAGCAAUCAGAUGGAACUACCGGCCAUGUUGGGAACUUUUUUCAUUCAUUGGGCAUUCAUGUUCGUAGCUGUUGUAGCAGGAGUUAUCAAAAAGUACAAUCGAGCGAGAAAGGGCAAGGAUGUUAUUGUACCAACAAAAGAAAUCAUCAAAGAAGAACAAGACAGCGACCAAGCGGGCAGUAAUCAAACGGAAAAAUAUCAUGAAGAAACCGUUCGCAUGAAGGAUGAACUGCAGUGGCAGAUGGAAGAUCUGCUGUUUACCUUUCAACGAUCCAAGGCGACUUUGGUCAAGGAACAAGAAGAAUUGCAAUGGAAAAUGGAUCAAUUGAAGGGAGUAUUGGACGAAAAGAAUCGUCGAGAUUCGAUGACACAAGACGAUUUGCGAAGUCUGUAA